GCGGAGUCCCCGUGCGCUCCUCUCUCCGCCGGGAACAGUCCGGGCCCGGGCGCAAGCACCGGGAUGGACGGCCCCGGGGCCAGCGCCGUGGUCGUGCGCGUCGGCAUCCCGGACCUGCAACAAACGAAGUGCCUGCGUCUGGACCCAACCGCGCCCGUAUGGGCCGCCAAGCAGCGUGUGCUCUGCGCCCUCAAUCACAGCCUUCAGGACGCGCUCAACUACGGGCUAUUCCAGCCUCCCUCCCGGGGUCGCGCCGGCAAGUUCCUGGAUGAAGAGCGGCUCUUACAGGACUACCCGCCGAACCUGGACACGCCCCUGCCCUAUCUGGAGUUCCGAUACAAGCGGAGAGUUUAUGCCCAGAACCUCAUAGAUGACAAGCAGUUUGCAAAGCUACACACAAAGGCAAACCUGAAGAAGUUCAUGGACUAUGUCCAGCUACACAGCACAGACAAGGUGGCCCGCCUGCUGGACAAGGGGCUGGACCCCAAUUUUCAUGACCCUGACUCAGGAGAGUGCCCUCUGAGCCUUGCUGCACAGUUGGACAAUGCCACUGACCUUCUGAAGGUUCUUCGCAAUGGCGGUGCUCAUCUGGACUUCCGAACCCGAGAUGGGCUAACAGCCGUCCACUGUGCUACCCGCCAGCGCAACGCAGGGGCAUUGACGACCCUGCUGGACCUGGGGGCUUCACCUGACUACAAGGACAGCCGCGGCCUGACGCCCCUGUACCAUAGUGCCCUAGGGGGCGGGGAUGCCCUCUGCUGCGAGCUGCUUCUCCAUGAUCACGCACAGCUGGGGACCACUGAUGAGAAUGGUUGGCAAGAGAUCCAUCAGGCCUGCCGCUUUGGGCAUGUGCAGCACUUGGAGCACCUGCUAUUCUAUGGGGCCAACAUGGGUGCCCAGAAUGCCUCGGGAAACACAGCCCUGCACAUCUGUGCCCUCUACAACCAGGAGAGUUGUGCGCGCGUCCUGCUUUUCCGUGGUGCCAACAAGGACGUCCGCAAUUACAACAGCCAGACAGCCUUCCAGGUGGCCAUUAUUGCAGGGAACUUUGAACUUGCUGAGGUAAUCAAGACCCACAAAGACUCGGAUGUCGUACCAUUCAGGGAAACCCCCAGCUAUGCAAAGCGACGGCGUCUGGCUGGCCCGAGCGGCUUGGCAUCCCCUCGGCCCUUACAGCGCUCAGCCAGUGAUAUCAACCUGAAAGGUGAUCAGCCCGCAGCUUCUCCUGGGCCCACUCUCCGAAGCCUCCCUCAUCAACUACUGCUCCAGCGGCUUCAGGAGGAGAAAGACCGUGACAGGGACAGCGGCGAGCAGGAGAAUGACAUCAGCGGCCCCUCAGCAGCCAGGGGUGGCCACAGCAAGAUCAGCCCCAGCGGGCCCGGCGGAUCCGGCCCCGCGCCCGGCCCCGGCCCGGCGUCUCCCGCGCCCCCCGCGCCGCCGCCCCGGGGCCCGAAGCGGAAACUUUACAGUGCCGUCCCCGGCCGCAAGUUCAUCGCUGUGAAGGCGCACAGCCCGCAGGGCGAGGGCGAGAUCCCGCUGCACCGCGGCGAGGCCGUGAAGGUGCUCAGCAUUGGGGAGGGCGGUUUCUGGGAGGGAACCGUGAAGGGCCGUACAGGCUGGUUCCCAGCUGACUGUGUGGAGGAAGUGCAGAUGCGACAGUAUGACACACGGCAUGAAACCAGAGAAGACCGGACGAAGCGUCUUUUCCGCCACUACACCGUGGGUUCCUAUGACAGCCUCACUUCACACAGUGAUUAUGUCAUUGAUGAUAAGGUGGCUAUCCUGCAAAAACGGGACCAUGAGGGUUUUGGCUUUGUUCUCCGGGGCGCCAAAGCAGAGACCCCCAUUGAAGAGUUUACACCCACACCCGCCUUCCCUGCACUCCAAUACCUUGAGUCUGUAGAUGUGGAAGGCGUGGCCUGGAGGGCCGGGCUUCGAACUGGGGACUUCCUCAUUGAGGUGAACGGUGUGAACGUCGUGAAGGUCGGCCACAAGCAGGUGGUGGGUCUCAUCCGUCAGGGUGGCAACCGCCUGGUCAUGAAGGUUGUGUCUGUGACCAGGAAACCAGAGGAGGAUAGUGCUCGGCGCAGAGCCCCACCACCCCCAAAGAGGGCCCCCAGCACCACGCUGACCCUGCGGUCCAAGUCCAUGACGGCUGAGCUUGAGGAGCUUGAGAAGUUGGAUGAGAUCCUGGCAGUUGCUGCGGAGCCGACUCUGAGGCCAGACAUUGCCGACGCCGACUCGCGGGCGGCCACUGUCAAGCAGCGGCCCACCAGCCGGAGGAUUACCCCUGCCGAGAUCAGCUCAUUGUUUGAGCGCCAGGGCCUCCCAGGCCCAGAGAAGCUGCCGGGCUCUUUGCGGAAGGGGAUUCCACGGACCAAAUCUGUAGGGGAGGAUGAGAAGCUGGCAUCCCUACUGGAAGGGCGAUUCCCACGCAGCACAUCAAUGCAGGACACAGUGCGUGAAGGUCGAGGCAUUCCACCCCCACCGCAGACCGCCCCGCCACCCCCACCCGCGCCCUACUACUUCGACUCCGGGCCACCCCCCACCUUCUCACCGCCGCCACCACCGGGCCGGGCCUAUGACACUGUGCGCUCCAGCUUCAAACCAGGCCUGGAGGCUCGUCUGGGUGCGGGGGCUGCUGGCCUGUAUGAUUCUGGCACGGCUCUGGGCCCGCUGCCCUACCCUGAGCGUCAGAAGCGUGCACGCUCCAUGAUCAUAUUGCAGGACUCCGCGCCAGAAGUGGGUGAUGUUCCCCGGCCUGCGCCUGCAGCCACACCGCCUGAGCGCCCCAAGCGCCGGCCUCGGCCGUCAGGCCCUGAUAGUCCCUAUGCCAACCUGGGCGCCUUCAGUGCCAGCCUCUUUGCUCCGUCGAAACCACAGCGCCGCAAGAGCCCACUGGUGAAGCAGCUUCAGGUGGAGGAUGCUCAGGAGCGCGCGGCCCUGGCCGUGGGUAGCCCGGGACCAGUGGGUGGAAGCUUUGCACGAGAACCCUCGCCAACGCACCGCGGGCCCCGACCGGGCGGCCUUGACUACAGCUCUGGAGAAGGCCUGGGGCUUACCUUUGGCGGCCCUAGCCCUGGCCCAGUCAAGGAGCGGCGCCUGGAGGAGCGACGCCGUUCCACUGUGUUCCUGUCUGUGGGUGCCAUCGAGGGCAGCCCUCCCAGCGCGGAUCUGCCAUCCCUACAACCCUCCCGCUCCAUUGAUGAGCGCCUCCUGGGGACAGGCGCCACCACUGGCCGCGAUUUGCUGCUUCCCUCCCCUGUCUCUGCUCUGAAGCCAUUGGUCGGUGGUCCCAGCCUUGGGCCCUCAGGCUCCACCUUCAUCCACCCUCUCACUGGCAAACCCUUGGAUCCUAGCUCACCCCUAGCUCUUGCUCUGGCUGCCCGAGAGAGGGCUCUGGCCUCGCAAGCACCUUCCCGGUCCCCCACACCUGUGCACAGCCCUGACGCUGACCGCCCUGGACCCCUCUUUGUGGAUGUGCAAACCCGAGACUCCGAGAGAGGACCGUUGGCCUCCCCAGCCUUCUCCCCUCGGAGUCCAGCCUGGAUUCCAGUGCCUGCUCGCAGAGAGACAGAGAAACCCCCCCGGGAAGAGCGGAAGUCACCAGAGGACAAGAAAUCCAUGAUCCUCAGUGUCUUGGACACGUCCUUGCAACGGCCAGCUGGCCUCAUUGUUGUGCAUGCCACCAGCAAUGGACAGGAGCCCAGCAGGCUGGGGGCUGAAGAGGAGCGCCCCGGUACUCCGGAGCUGGCCCCAGCCCCCAUGCAGGCAGCAGCUGUGGCAGAGCCCAUGCCAAGCCCACGAGCUCAGCCCCCUGGCAGCAUCCCAGCAGAUCCCGGGCCAGGCCAAGGCAGCUCAGAGGAAGAGCCAGAGCUGGUAUUUGCUGUGAACCUGCCACCUGCUCAGCUGUCCUCCAGUGAUGAGGAGACCAGAGAGGAGCUGGCCCGCAUUGGGCUAGUGCCACCCCCUGAAGAGUUUGCCAAUGGGAUCCUGCUGGCCACCCCGCCCCCAGGACCGGGCCCCUUGCCCACCACGGUACCCAGCCCGGCCUCAGGGAAGCCCAGCAGCGAGCUGCCCCCUGCCCCUGAGUCUGCAGCUGACUCUGGAGUAGAGGAGGCUGACACUCGAAGCUCCAGUGACCCCCAUCUGGAGACCACAAGCACCAUUUCCACAGUGUCCAGCAUGUCCACCCUGAGCUCGGAGAGUGGGGAACUCACUGACACCCACACCUCCUUUGCCGAUGGACACACUUUUCUACUCGAGAAGCCACCAGUGCCUCCCAAGCCCAAGCUCAAGUCCCCGCUGGGGAAGGGGCCGGUGACCUUCAGGGACCCGCUGCUGAAGCAAUCCUCGGACAGUGAGCUCAUGGCCCAGCAGCACCAUGCCGCCUCUACAGGGUUGGCUUCUGCUGCUGGGCCUGCCCGCCCUCGCUACCUCUUCCAGAGAAGGUCCAAGCUGUGGGGGGACCCCGUGGAGAGUCGGGGGCUCCCUGGGCCUGAAGAUGACAAACCAACUGUGAUUAGUGAGCUCAGCUCCCGUCUGCAGCAGCUGAAUAAAGACACACGCUCCUUGGGGGAGGAACCAGUUGGUGGCCUGGGCAGCCUGCUGGACCCUGCUAAGAAGUCGCCCAUUGCAGCAGCUCGGCUCUUCAGCAGCCUCGGUGAGCUGAGCACCAUCUCAGCGCAGCGCAGCCCCGGGGGCCCGGGCGGAGGGGCCUCCUACUCGGUGCGGCCCAGCGGCCGGUACCCCGUGGCGAGACGAGCCCCGAGCCCAGUGAAACCCGCAUCGCUGGAGCGGGUGGAGGGGCUGGGGGCGGGCGUGGGAGGCGCGGGGCGGCCCUUCGGCCUCACGCCUCCCACCAUCCUCAAGUCGUCCAGCCUCUCCAUCCCGCACGAACCCAAGGAAGUGCGCUUCGUGGUGCGAAGUGUGAGUGCGCGCAGCCGCUCCCCCUCACCAUCUCCGCUACCCUCGCCUUCUCCCGGCUCUGGCCCCAGUGCCGGCCCGCGUCGGCCGUUUCAACAGAAGCCCCUGCAGCUCUGGAGCAAGUUCGAUGUGGGCGACUGGCUGGAGAGCAUCCACUUAGGCGAGCACCGAGACCGCUUCGAGGACCAUGAGAUCGAAGGCGCACACCUGCCUGCGCUCACCAAGGAAGACUUCGUGGAGCUGGGCGUCACACGCGUUGGCCACCGCAUGAACAUCGAGCGUGCGCUCAGGCAGCUGGAUGGCAGCUGACGCCCCACUCCCUCUCCUGUUCCUGCUGCGCCCUGCCGGCAGGGCCCCCACCCCUACUCCAGGCCGCAGGCUCGGCUCGCCCCCUACCACGGCGCCCGGGCCAGGAAUGUUGCAUGAAUCGUCCUGUUUGCUGUUGCUUGGAGACUUGCCCUGUACAUUGCUUAGUGCCCUCCCCUGCCGCUGAACCCCACCCAGCACACAGUAAGGGCGCGGACCAGGGGGGCUGGGUGGAAGGGGGUUGGGGCAGGGUG